CCUCGGGCGCCGCGCGGUGGUGGGUGUCGGUCUCGCCUGCUUGCCGGUUGUGGGGUGCGCUGGGCCCGCCGGGCGCUCCGGGAGCGGGGGCACGGGCCAGGGGACGCGAGGAGAGGCCAGGCCAGGGCCGGGUCCUCGCGGCCCCCGAGCCGCGGGUCGUUUCCCAGCCGCACUCGUCUGCCGCGUGUCGCUCCCGCCGCGCUGUGCAGUGGAGCGGGUCGGCGGCGGCGGGGUUGGCCCGGCUGCCCGGCCCGGGGGUGAUUACAUAAUGCCAAGCAGGGCCCGCCGGCCCGGGGCGCCGCGCCCCCGACGCUCCACGGUGCCCAGCCCCGGGCACCACUCACCUGCAGGAGGUGCGGGGAACCCAGCCGGCCUUGGCGCUUUCAGCGGGAUUUUUCUUUGUUGACUUCCUACUGAGUUUGAAGACAGAAUAUUAGCUACGCCACACAUUCUCGCCUUUUUUUUUUAAGAAGCGUUUGUAAGAGACGUAUCUAGAAAAGCUCCAGAAGGCACGGGCUGACUUGCGACUGUAGGAGACAUCCCAUUUCUCGUAGGAAGGAGGAGUCAUUUACGGACUCCUGAGUGCCUGGGACGCUCCAUUCGUUUGUUAUAAAUUGUGUAAAUUGUCCUCGACCUCUUAUGAGUUUUUCCAUCUUGCGGGCUCUUUCCCAUUAGUUUUUGAAAGCUUUUAUGUGGUUCCCUGUUUUGACAUUGCUUCCCUCUUAGCCAUUUCCGUAUGUUUCUAUGAGGUUUUAGGACGCUACGCCUAUCCAGUUUUUUGGUCACUUUAAGGGGAGCCUUAGAGUCUCCGUGAUAUUUCCAUGGUAAUGUAGAAUUUUAAGAACUAAUGAUCAGAAAGACUCUUGUGCAGGUUUAAAAGCAAGUUCAUGAAUUCGCCUGCCGUGUGCACGGAGAGAGGCCGUAGUUCCUGGGGCUGGAGCUAGUCCAGGAGGACAGUGAAGAUGUCGCCUUUCUUAGUCCCCCGGCCUGUGAGCAAGAGGAAGCUGCAGACCACUCGGGCCACCCUCACCCAGACACCUUUAGCAGUAAGCAAGAUAAAACAACUUCUUAAAGAUAAGUCUGAGCAUCUAGGUAUGAAAGUUGGUGUCCGGGCCGGGCACGGUGGCUCAUGCCUGUAAUCCCAGCACUCUGGGAGGCCAAGGCGGGCAGAUCACGAGGUCAGGAGUUCGAGACCAGCCUGGCCAACAUAGUGAAACACCGUCUCUACUAAAAGUACGAAAAAAAAAUUUGAAAAAAAAAUUUAAAAAAAAGAAAGCUGAUGUCCGAACCAAGGGCCGUAUUGGCCUUUCUUAUACUCUAGAACAUACGACGACAAAGAAGAUUUUGAUGAAGUUCAAAUUAGAGUCAGAGUGCUCAUCAGAAAGAAAGCGCAGCCAACACGUUUAGGAACAGAAACGGAUUAUGUUGAAGACAAAUAAUUCACUGCGUUUGUGUUCAGUAACCCAAGCAUCAAAGGAACUUGUGGCUGGGGAGAAGGCUUGACUAUUUGAAAUCUCAGGACUCCUCUGUCCAGGAGCUCCCAGACUCCCGUGGAAGCCUGGGGGCUCGCUGAAGUCACGUGACUGGAACGUGCUUAAUGCGUGGCUGUCUGUGAAGAUAGUGAUCCGGGGAGACAGGAACACGGGCAAGACAGCGCUGUGGCACCGCCUGCAGGGCCGGCCGUUCGUGGAGGAGUACAUCCCCACACAGGAGAUCCAGGUCACCAGCAUCCACUGGAGCUACAAGACCACGGAUGACAUCGUGAAGGUUGAAGUCUGGGAUGUGGUAGACAAAGGAAAAUGCAAAAAGCGAGGCGACGGCUUAAAGAUGGAGAACGACCCCCAGGAGGCGGAGUCUGAAAUGGCCCUGGAUGCUGAGUUCCUGGACGUGUACAAGAACUGCAACGGGGUGGUCAUGAUGUUCGACAUUACCAAGCAGUGGACCUUCAAUUACAUUCUCCGGGAGCUUCCGAAAGUGCCCACCCACGUGCCAGUGUGCGUGCUGGGGAACUACCGGGACAUGGGCGAGCACCGAGUCAUCCUGCCGGACGACGUGCGUGACUUCAUCGACAACCUGGACAGACCUCCAGGUUCCUCCUACUUCCGCUAUGCUGAGUCUUCCAUGAAGAACAGCUUCGGUCUAAAGUACCUUCAUAAGUUCUUCAAUAUCCCAUUUUUGCAGCUUCAGAGGGAGACGCUGUUGCGGCAGCUGGAGACGAACCAGCUGGACAUGGACGCCACGCUGGAGGAGCUGUCGGUGCAGCAGGAGACGGAGGACCAGAACUACGGCAUCUUCCUGGAGAUGAUGGAGGCUCGCAGCCGCGGCCAUGCGUCCCCACUGGCGGCCAACGGGCAGAGCCCAUCUUCGGGCUCCCAGUCACCAGUGGUGCCUGCAGGCGCCGUGUCCACGGGGAGCUCCAGCCCCGGCACACCCCAGCCCGCCCCACAGCUGCCCCUCAAUGCCGCCCCACCAUCCUCUCUGCCCCCUGUACCACCCUCAGAGGCCCUGCCCCCACCUGCGUGCCCCUCAGCCCCCGCCCCACGGCGCAGCAUCAUCUCUAGGCUGUUUGGGACGUCACCUGCCACCGAGGCAGCCCCUCCACCUCCAGCAUCACUGUUCACAGAGCCAGUCCCGGCCGCAGAGGCCCCAGCAACAGUCCAGAGUGUGGAGGACUUUGUUCCCGACGACCGCCUGGACCGCAGCUUCCUGGAAGACACGACCCCCGCCAGGGACGAGAAGAAGGUGGGAGCCAAGGCUGCCCAGCAGGACAGCGACAGUGAUGGGGAGGCCCUGGGCGGCAACCCGAUGGUGGCAGGGUUCCAGGACGACGUGGACCUCGAAGACCAGCCACGUGGGAGUCCCCCGCUGCCUGCAGGCCCCGUCCCCAGUCAAGACAUCACUCUUUCGAGUGAGGAGGAAGCAGAAGUGGCAGGUCCCCCACAAGGCCCUGCCCCAGCUCCCCAGCAGUGCUCAGAGCCAGAGACCAAGUGGUCCUCCAUACCAGCUUCGAAGCCACGGAGGGGGACAGCUCCCACGAGGACUGCAGCACCCCCCUGGCCAGGCGGUGCCUCUGUUCGCACAGGUCCGGAGAAGCGCAGCAGCACCAGGCCCCCUGCUGAGAUGGAGCCGGGGAAGGGUGAGCAGGCCUCCUCGUCGGAGAGUGACCCCGAGGGACCCAUUGCUGCACAAAUGCUGUCCUUCGUCAUGGAUGACCCCGACUUUGAGAGCGAGGCAUCAGACACACAGCGCAGGGCGGAUGAGUUUCCCGUGCGAGAUGACCCCUCCGAUGUGACUGACGAGGAUGAGGGCCCUGCCCAGCCGCCCCCACCCCCCAAGCUCCCUCUCCCCGCCUUCAGACUGAAGAAUGACUCGGACCUCUUCGGGCUGGGGCUGGAGGAGGCCGGACCCAAGGAGAGCAGUGAGGAAGGUAAGGAGGGCAAAGCCCCCUCUAAGGAGAAGAAGAAGAAGAAGAAAAAAGGCAAAGAGGAGGAAGAAAAGUCUGCCAAGAAGAAGAGCAAACACAAGAAGAGCAAGGACAAGGAGGAGGGCAAGGAGGAGCGGCGGCGGCGGCAGCAGCGGCCCCCGCGCGGCAGGGAGAGGACGGCUGCUGAUGAGCUGGAGGCUUUCUUGGGGGGCAGGGCCCCGGGCGGCCGUCACCCUGGGGGUGGCGACUACGAGGAGCUCUAGGCCGGCGCGGGCAGUGGCCGCCCUGGGGCGGGGGGCGUGCCUGUCACUGCCUGGGGAGGCAUCUGCCUCUGCACCAUCGCCUUUGCCACUGCCCGGUGGCUGCCGUGUGCGCUUCUGAGCUGGAAGAGGCCGGGCAUUGGUGGUCCCCAGGCUGGGCCCUGCAGGUGCUGGGCCUUCAGGCCCAGUGUGAGCCUGCUCUGCAAGAAGGGAGGGGACAGCUGGCUUCAGCCAGGCUCGGUGGACACCCUGGCCCUCUCGGGGCAGAGCCGCCAGUGUUUCUCAGGGAUGUGACUGAGGCCCAGGAGGGACCUGUGAGGGUCUGUUUACAGAGGCUGGGCAGGGGCCGCUUGGCUGUGGGGUGCGCGCUGCCCUGGCACCUGCUUGCCCUUUGCGCUCACCUGGGGCCGCAGCAUGCCUAUGGCUCCGCUUCCGGCCGGGAGCCCUGAACACGGGUGUGCAGACGCACCCUAAAGGGCGGCCCAGGCCCCACGCUAGAAGGCUGGCGAGACCGAAGGCAGCAUGUGAGGCCUCUCCUGGGAGUGGGGGUUGUGUUUCCCACAGUGGCCUCAGCUGCGCCCCCGCUCAGGUGAGCCCGAAGGCAGGAGCCGGGAGGCACUCCUCCCAAACACUCCACUCAGACCAUAAAGCACUCCUGUUUCACUCUG